AUGGUGGAGCUACUUUUCUGGUCUCCACGGAAGGUGCGAGAAGCUCGCCGCCAAUAUGAGCAGAAACAGCGCGAUCAUGAGGAGUUACAACGCCAAAAAGCUAUCGCGGUUAAAGCUAGAGAGGAGAGAAAGCUACUCAAAGCUCAAGAACUAGAUGCGCGACGGCGGGCGCGGGCACAGGCAAAACUAGAUCGUGAGAGGCAGAAAGCUGAAGCAGCUGCCCACCGGAUAGCCCGCCAAGCCGCCCACAAACGACUUCAGAAAGCUAUCAAAAUCUCACAAAGGGGAAAGAAGCCUACCUUCAAGCGCUCUACUGAACUAGCAUCAAAGAAUAUUAUCGUUGGCAGUAGUAGUGGUGGUGCGCAGCGAGCUAAUCGAUCAGCUGCACCACCAUCACCACGCUCGCGUUCAGGCCGCCCCAUCAAGCUGCCAAUCAAAUAUCAGUAG